AUGAAGCUUCUCUGCAGCGGAUCGAUCUCGUCUCUCCUGCUUCUCUUCCAUCUUCCAGUCUACUUGGCUGCUCACGGCCGCUUCGCUCAGAAGCUGAUGACUGACUUGUUCUCCAACUACACCAGCGCUCUGCGGCCGGUGGAGGACACCGACCACAUCAUCAACGUCACAUUGCAGAUCACCCUCUCCCAAAUCAUCGACAUGGAUGAGCGGAACCAGAUCCUGACCACUUACCUGUGGGUAAGGCAGGUAUGGAUGGACGCCUACCUCACCUGGAAGAAGGAGGACUAUGACGGCCUCGACACCAUCCGCAUACCCAGCAACUACGUAUGGAGACCUGAUAUCGUCCUGUAUAACAGUGCAGACGAUGAGUUCUCCAGCUCAAUGGAGACCAACGUGGUUAUUCGUAACGAUGGUCAGGUCAUGUGGGACCAGCCGGCCAUCACUAAAAGCUCCUGCUCCGUGGACGUGGCCUUCUUCCCCUUUGACGUGCAGGAGUGUCAUCUAACUUUUGGUUCCUGGACUCACAACGGCAACCAGAUGGACUUGUUCAAUGCCUUGGACAGCGCUGACCUGUCUGACUUCGUCCCCAAUGUGGAGUGGGAGGUUCUGGGCAUGCCAGCCAAGAAGAAUGUCAUCCUGUAUGGCUGUUGUUCGGAUCCGUACCCGGACAUCACGUUCACCCUCCACCUAAAGAGACGCGCCUCCUUCUACAUCUUCAACCUCCUCAUCCCCUGCAUGAUGAUCUCCUUUCUGGCUCCUCUGGGAUUCUACCUGCCGGCCGACUCGGGCGAAAAAGUCUCUCUGGGUGUCACAGUGCUGCUGGCCCUCACCGUGUUUCAGCUGCUGGUGGCUGAGAGCAUGCCGCCCUCCGAGAGCGUCCCACUGAUAGGAAAGUACUACAUUGCCACCAUGACGAUGGUCACUGCAUCGACAGCCCUCACCAUAUUCAUCAUGAACAUCCACCACUGCGGUUCUGAGGCUCGCCCCGUCCCACAGUGGGCCGAACAUUUCAUCCUUAACUACCUCGCUCGCAUCUGUUUCGUCUACGAGGUCGGUGAGAACUGCCUCAGCGGGGCCUCAUCCAAGAAACAACCUUUUUCGCAGCAGGAGUCUGAAGCCCGAUCGGCCAAUGGUGGCAACACCAAAGGGACAAACUGGGAUGUGAAUGGGCAGGCGUGGGGAGGGAGGGUGGAGGAGGAUGGGGCCGAGGAGUCUCUGAAGCUGGGGCGGGAUUCGACCAUCCAGACGGACUGGAAGGAGGAUCUGUUUGUGACCAUCGAUCACUCAGAGGGGGAGGGAGCUGCUGGACGACAGGAAGCGGAGCAGGAGGAGUCAAACAGUGCCUGUGGAGGAGGAGAAGAGCGUGUGGAGGAAAAGAAAGGCGUAGGAGGUGAAGGGGGAGGCGGCGCUGGGGAGAACAGGAGGGAGAUCUUGGUGAGAACCCAGUGUGUGUGCCAGCACCAGGGACUGCGAAGGGAUGUUGAGUACAUUGCCAACUCAUACCAGGACCAGCGAGCCGCACAGCUGCGCAUUGGGGAGUGGAGGAAGGUCGCCAAGGUCAUGGAUCGCUUCUUCAUGUGGCUCUUCUUCAUCAUGGUCUUCCUGAUGAGCAUCCUCAUCCUGGGAAAAGCCAUCUGA